AUGCUGCGGGAUUUGUGGCAGCGAUCGCUAUAUCAUCAGCCGAGACGAAGAGCCGAUUCCAAAAACUAUUGUCCAAAAGGAUUGUCCGAUUCGGAGGGAGUGUCAAGUGAUCGGCAACUGAAGAGUCCGGCGUCUAAUCACAAGCGUUCGCACAGUAAUAGUAGUCAACGAACGAUAGACAGCGGAAAGGACUCUGCAGUGAACAGUCCAUCGCUGUCGAGCUCCUGCUGUACGGAACCCUUCUUCUUACACGAACCACACAUGACUUCCAACGAUAGAGUAAAGCAAUUGUUCGAAAAGGAGAAACGAAACGGAGCUCUCGUCUCGCGGACUAAAGAGGAAUAUGCUCUCAAUUCAAAGAAUAAUAAACAUUUGGUGACAGCAGAAGUGCAUCAAAGCUCUGACGACUGUAUGAGUCUCUCGGAGUCAAGCGAUCCGAUGCCUGACUAUGACGUCGACGAACCCCCGAGUAAGACAUCGACGUUGAGCGCCAGACAUCACCCGAAACUGCAUCGGACACGCAAUGAGACGUACGACGCCCUAAACACCGGGCGAUCGCUAUAUCAUCAGCCGAGACGAAGAGCCGAUUCCAAGAACUAUUGUCCAAAAGGAUUGUCCGAUUCGGAGGGAGUGUCAAGUGAUCGGCAGCUGAAGAGUCCGGCGUCUAAUCACAAGCGUUCGCACAGUAAUAGUAGUCAACGAACGAUAGACAGCGGAAAGGACUCUGCAGUGAACAGUCCGUCGCUGUCGAGCUCCUGCUGUACGGAACCCUUCUUCUUACACGAACCACACAUGACUUCCAACGAUAGAGUGAAGCAAUUGUUUGAAAAGGAGAAACGAAACGGAGCUCUCGUCUCGCGGACUAAAGAGGAAUAUGCGCUCAAUUCAAAGAAUAAUAAACAUUUGGUGACAGCAGAAGUGCAUCAAAGCUCUGACGACUGUAUGAGUCUCUCGGAGUCAAGCGAUCCGAUGCCUGACUAUGACGUCGACGAACCCCCGAGUAAGACAUCGACGUUGAGUUCGGACGACAACGUCAGCCCAAACGGACACUUCGGUGUGUCGUCCAUAUCGUCAUCAGAGGUCUGCAGUACGAGUACUGAUGAGGGGAUCUAUCAAGAAGUGGAGGACGAGUUGACUGAAGAUGAGAGAGAGGGUCGACUCAAUUGUAGGCCAAUGGGACUCAAUGAGGAUAACGACCAAAAUAGCGUUAAACCCACAAUACCUGUGCCGUCGAUAGGCUGUGCCAAUAAUGAACUCAAGCGGCAAAAAAGUGCUGUUCUUUGCAGUGAAGAACUGAAAGAAGAAAAAAGGAGAGAGAAUUCAAGCGAAACCUUAUGUGAAACGAAUAAAUCAUUAGAAAACAAGCGAUUAAUUAAGGAAACAGUUUCUCAUAAAAGCAAAACCGAUUUAGACCACAAUUCACAGUCAAAUGGCAACAGUUCAACACCUCAUGUGUUACCGCCGCCACCUCCACCCCCACCCCCGCCGCCACCCAAUCAUACACUAUAUAUAUCGACACACGAAGACUCAAAGAGCGACAAAUCAAAUGCCAGCGAAAGGACCGCUCGAUAUGAAAAGUAUUCGUCCGCAAAGUCUAAAUUACCGGCCCUUCCAUUCAUUCCUCCGCAGUUCGCUUCGCCGCCGGACAACGACAUCAAUAUCCGUCCGUCGGAGUACUUGAAACACGUGGCGAACCGAACGGUAUCGGCGUUUCCGGUCCCCAAAUACGGGUAUUUGAAUCAACAAAACAAAUACUACGGAACUCAACGCAAAAUACAGAGAAGUGUUUCCGAGAAUCACUUGUAUAUGAAUAACGAUUACGAGAGUAUUAAAGGCAUUUCCGAUACAAGCGAUAACGAAGACGACGAAGACAUCAACUCUACGACCACUGAUAUCUACGGAUCCGAUUCUAAUGUCAGCGAAACCAAAUCCGUGGCCAAAAGUGAGCCAACAGUUGUGUCGUCAAAGAGUACGAUAUCGUCGAGUGUCUCCACAAUCUCUUCCGUCACAUUCAGUAUCACAAAAGAAGAGCUCCAAAAAGUGUCGCUCAAAAAGACAGAAAAGCCAACCAAUGAAAGAGCAGUUCUUCUCAGAAAAAAUGAUUUAAUAGAAGAACUGAAGGCAACGAAAGAUUUGGACGGAAUUAAGAAAGUGAAGGAACAGAAGAAGAAUAAAAAUGAAGUGAAGGAAAAGAUGGCAGAAAUUGCUGUCAAUUAUAACACAGAGAACUUCAUCGAUAAGAUUCCAGAAACGGACGCAAAAGGUCUACCGAUUCCUCUAUGGAAGCGACAAAUGUUGGCCAAAAAGGCGGCCGAAAAGGCCAAAAAAGAAGCCGAAGAAGACGUGGUCCGAGAGAUAGAGGAGAAAAGAGUGAACUCUAUUCCCGAGUGGAAGAAGUUGUUGAAAAAGAAAGAAGAAACCGCUAUAACUGCUCCUAAAUAUAUAAAGUAUUGA